GAACUGCAGGCACUCAGUUGGUGUGCGGACCUCGUUGCUUUCAGUUUCUAUCUCUCUCUCUCUCUCUCGGUUUUUUCUUUUCCACACGAUUCUUUUGUGCGAGAGUGCUCCGUCGUCGUAGUGUGGCCCAUUGUUUCGAUUCGAUCGGGGGCAGAGUGUUGAAAAAUCUAACGUGUCCAGUAGUGGUCUGCACACGUGCACGAAGUGUUCGUAAUUACAUCUAUACUGAUAAGAAAAUAAGUGUGUUAUAUAUACAGUGCUGUUAUAUAUACUCGAGUGUUGUGCAGUGUACGAAGGCAUAUACGUGUGAUAUUUUCAAAAGUGCCUGUUACAGUUUUCAAAAAAAAAACAGUGAAUAAAAGAGAAACAAAUAUUUCUCUGAAUAUAUACUAUUGCAGCUCUUGGUACGUGUAAAGACUUGAAACGUGCAAAGGCGUGACUGCGCAGGCGUAUUAUGUGCAGUGACAAUUUCCCAUUAGAAUUCUUCUAGUCAUGGUGUUGACAUAGAAUCUCAUACAAUCUAUCUGAGCUUUGGAUCAUAAUAAUAACAAAACAUAAUAAUAAUCAUGGGUGACAAUAAGCAAAUGGAGAUGGAUCAAUCUCAAAAUCAGCCACAACAACAAAACCAAAAUCAGCAGGGACAACAGAUGAUCAUAACUACCCAUGACAUGCAGCAGAACGUUCAACAACAGAACCAGCAGCAACAACAGAAUCAGUCGCAGCAGCAAAACCAGCAGCAAAACAACGGCCAGCAAAAGAUGCAGACUCAAGUUUCUGUCCAACCACAGGUCGCAGCAAUAAUGCCACAGCAGCAUGAUACAGUUGCAGUAUCAAUGCAACAAGCCCAACAACAAGCUCAGCAACAAUCUCAAUCUGUUGGUGGUGUAUCAAUGACUUUAUCAGGACAGCAAGGUGCAGCAACAAUUACAACGAUGGCAGCACAUCCUCAAACUGUUCAAGUAAUACAGCAACCUAUGCAAAAUCAGUAUCAUUUACCACAACUCUAUAAUGCACAAGGAGCACCAAUACUGAUGCCAGGAAAUCUGCUUGCUCAUCCAGCCGGUCUUAAUUCCUCACCUAUACAGGUACAGUUCAAUAAUAUAGCAGGAAAACCAAUUCAAGCUGGUCAGUUUGCAACUGGACCUCAUAUGUUGACAACUGCUUCACCUGGUCAGGGAGGCGGACACCCUGGAGCAGGUGGCACUAAAGUUCAAAGCUUUCCAGCUGGUUAUAUUCCUGUACCAACAUCAGCUACACCUGGCGGUGGUCAAACUUUAGUUUUUGGUCAAUUAGAAGUAUUACCUCAGCAUCAGACUUCAAUUCAACAACAAGGACAACAACAAGGCAACAACAAAAAUGACGGAGUACAAAAGUACACAACUUGUUCAACGGGUGGACAACCUGGACAGAAUAGAGGUAUGCAGUUUGCACCUUGGCCCUUUGCAGCCCAAGGUAUAUGGACAGGACUGCAGCCUCAGACAUUGCUCACAGCAAGUCCCAAUCAGAUUUUUAUCAGAGACCCAACUCAGGGUGACAUGUACAUUCAGAGUCCCGGACCCAUACAGACGCAUAAUACACUAGCUCAGCAACAAAUUCAAGGGGUUCAACAGAUAACGACGGCUGGUGGUAAACCCAGGGUAAUGAACAUUCAACAGCAGCAGCAGCAACAAGGUAAAGCAGGUGUGGUCACGCAGCGUCCUUUGAGCAUUUUGCCAUCAUCAUUACAAGGUGUUCAAGGAGCAAAUAUAAGACCAGCUAGCUCUGUGUCAACUCAGACAAAUCACGGUGUACAAGCUACUGUUCAUUCUCAAGGUGGCAAGGCCACGGUCGGUCCAGGCAAAGGUCGCGGCAAGCCCGUGGUGCGAACGUCGCCCGGUCCGAACUUGAACGUGACUGUGAGCAAAGCGGGAUCCGGAGCUGCUGCCACUACGACGAGCAACAGCGGUGCGACCAACGUCACGACGGCCAAAGCCCAGCACACGAUGAUGCUACAGCCGCAACAGGUACCCGUGUCCGUAGCGACCAACGGAACUCAAAAUGCCGCGGGAAAGGGAGCUGCUCAGUCGAACCAGCAAGCGCCACCGAGCUCGCCGAUGAACGACAAAGGGAACUUCGGGCAACAGCAGGCUAACAAAGGUGGCAACGUUAUGCAAUCGCCUCAGCAGCAGCAACAGCAGCAACAACAGCAGCAGCAGCAACAUCAAGCGGCACAGGUCCAAGCGCAGCUGCAGGCGCAGGCGCAGCAACACCAGAUUCAACAAAUAUUCAUACAUCAGUUGCAACACCAGGCGCAGCAGAUGCAGCAAUAUCAUCAAGCUCAAGGCCAGCAGCAGCAGAUACAACCUAAACCUAUAAUGGGCAUGACCGUGGGUCAAGGACAAGCAGCGCCGAACGUACAAGUGAUAGGCAGCGAGCGUCCGAUCAUGCCUGUAGUAAGCAUCAAUCCUGCUUUGAUUGGAAAUCAGCUGGCUGGUCAUCCGACGCUGCAAGCUCUGCCAAUUGUAAGUCAACCAACUGAUCAGUUGGCAGCGGUCGCGGCUCAGCAGCAGAUGCAAUUGCAAGCGGCAGUGCAACAGCAACAACAACAACAGCAGCAGGCACAGCAGCAGCAGCAGCAGCAGGCACAACAGCAGCAACAGCAACAACAACAGCAACAGCAGUCACAGCAACAGCAGCACGCAAACGAACAAACAACUGUUGCUGUGUCCACUACUGCGACUCAUCCAAGCAUGCCAAUUAUCGUAGCUUCUGGGGAUAGGAGUGGUAGCGUGGAGAUACAAACAAUGAUGCCACCUCCUCCACCUCCAUCUUCAGGGCCUAUGACAGCCGUCUCGGACGAGGCACGAAACUCCGUUGCUUCGAAAAAAGAUGCUUCAACUGAAGAUUCUUCGCGUGAUUCGGCUGGUAAAAAAGAUGAAAAUAUGAAUGGCACAAAACAAGAUGAUCAUAAAACAUCGACUAAUCCUCUUAUCAACCUGACAAAUGCAGUUAAUUCAAUACCCAACGGUAAUUUGGGAGAAGAAACAACUGCUGACUCAGCUCCCAUGCAGGUCAUGGGCAAACAAGUGCCACCAAAAGCCAUGGUCAAGCCACAAGUUUUGACCCACGUUAUUGAGGGAUUUGUCAUUCAAGAAGCUUCUGAACCUUUUGCUGUCAACCGUACUUCACUCAAUGGUUCAAUGACUGGUGAGACAAAUAAUAAUGGUAGAAAUGAUUCUGCUGAUAAAGAAAAUCAGGAAGAACCACUAUCUAAACGUAAGAAGAUGAAUUAUUCACUUGAUUCAGAUAAACUAGAUAGCAAUAUUCUAGAGGAUCAAAACGCCAAAAAUAAAAAAGACAAAAAACUUUUGUCUACAGUUAGUCCUAAAUCGAAAAAGAAGGAAACUCAAGACUCUGUUAAUAAACAAUGGCCAAUGGAUGUGAGCCUUAACAAUGAUAUAGAUUUAUUGAAGAAAAAUGGUGAUGAUUUAAAUUCCACUUUAGAAAUAUUAGAUGACAGUUUACCAAAGAUAAAUCCAGUCAAAUGGACUGUUGGAGAAGUAUGCGAUUUUAUACGUAAUAUGCCAGGCUGUGAAGAUUAUGCUGAAGACUUUGCCAUUCAAGAAAUUGAUGGUCAAGCUCUGAUGUUGUUGAAGGAAGAUCAUCUUAUGUCGGCUAUGAGCAUUAAACUAGGACCUGCAUUAAAAAUUGUUGCAAAAAUCAAUUCAAUGAAGGAUCCCUUGACAGCAAGUUCACCACCAGUUUCUAGUGCAAAUGUGUAGAGUAUGUGGAAAUCCGGGGUGUGUUAUUGAAAAGAAAAAAGAAUACUUAAUUGCUGGUCUACAGUGUAGAAAUCUGUACUCAGUGUAUUCUGUCUUGAUCAUUUUUGCUUACGAGGAACGUUGCUCAGUGUCAUAAUGUGUACAAAGUCACAUUUAAGUGAAGUGAUUGAAAUAGAAUUAAAGAUUCUUGCUUUUCAACAUCUACAGACAUCCCCUGGAUUUAUUAAAUUUUCAGUAAUACAGUGUUCAAAAGAGAUAUAUUCGUGAAUAUCUCAAUUACAGGAUUGAUAUCUACGAACACCACAAAUGCUGUAAAAUUCUUAUAUACACAAAUUAGGCACUGUAAAUAGGAUAAGUGUAACAUUAGAAAUUAUUUUUCUCUUACAUUAUAAAACGAAUUAUAUGACUUUAUAUGCGAAUAAGAAAGAUAGUAUAAACAUUCCACUAAUCUUAUGGAAGUGGAACCUACAAUCAUCAGAUUGUAAGUUAAGAGUAUUUUCGUUGUAAUAUAAUCAUUAUUACUUAUAAAUUUGUACACCUGUAAAUAAAAAUUCAAACUAGUUUAAAUUAUAAAAUUAUUUGAUGCUUAAGUAAUUAUUUUCAAGGAGCAUAAAACUUAGCGCAUAUAAAAUCGAUCAAACAUACUGUACAAUUUUCAGUAACUAUUUGAUUGAGGUUUGAGGUUUAAAAAUUACAUGUUCCCAAUUCAGAAGUUAAUAUGUGUAUAUUAAAAUGGCAUGAUCAAUAUUUUUGUUGGAA